AUGGGUGGUGCAAGCCGCGAAGGCGGCAAAGUCAAGCCGCUCAAGGCACCAAAGAAGGAGAAGAAGGAAAUGGACGAAGAUGAGAUUGCCUUCAAGGCCAAGCAAGCAGCAGACGCCAAAGCACGCAAAGAACUGGCAGAGAAGGCCAAGGGCAAAGGACCUCUGAACGCCGGGCAGCAGGGUAUCAAGAAGAGCGGCAAGAAAUAG